CGGCGGCGUUAGUCGCGCGAUAGACGACGGACCGACUUGUUCUAUCUGGGAAUAUUUCUCUUCUUUACUACAAGUACACAUUCUUCUUUACUUCCACAAAUAUGACAGACACAGUGACAGACAGGAAGACAAAAAAGUUAAAUGUGGCGAUCGUCGGAGGAGGGCUGGUGGGGUCUUUAGAAGCUCUAUAUUUGGCUAAGAAGGGGCACCGAGUCUCUCUGUACGAGUAUCGUGAAGACAUCCGCAAGACCCCCCAAGUGCGUGGUCGCUCCAUCAACCUGGCACUGUCGGUCCGGGGUCGACAGGCGCUGCGAGACGUAGGGGUGGAAGACCACAUCAUCAACCACCACGGCAUCCCUAUGAGAGGCAGGAUGAUCCACCGACCUGAUGGCUCCACUUAUGAAAUACCGUAUGACAGUAGGACUAAUCAGUGCAUUUACUCCGUUGGGAGAAAUUAUUUGAAUUCAAUUUUACUCAAAGAAUCAGAGAAAUAUAUCAACAUGGAGAGGCAUUUCAAUCACAAGUUAUCGGAAGCUGAUCUGUCAAAAGGAUCACUGACCUUCCUCAAAACAGAAACAUACGAGAAGGUGCAAGUGACAGCGGAUUUAGUGGUGGGGGCGGACGGUGCGUUCUCGGCGGUGCGCAAGGCCCUGAUGAAGAAACCCCUCUUCGACUUCAGCCAGCAGUACAUAGAGCACGGAUACCUUGAGCUGUUCAUUCCGCCGGGGGAUGAUGAUGGGUUUCAGAUGCCCCCCAACUACCUCCACAUCUGGCCGCGAGGAAACUUCAUGAUGAUAGCCCUCCCCAACCAGGACUGCUCUUGGACCGUCACGCUGUUCAUGCCCUUCAAGAACUUCGCCCUUAUAGACACAGAAGAGAAGUUGCUUACCUUCUUCGAGAAACACUUCAAAGACUCCAUCAGUUUGUUUGGAGAGAAGAGGCUCAUUAAGGACUUCUUUAGCACGAAGCCGUCGCCUUUAGUUGCGAUUAAGUGUCGUCCCUACCACGUAAGCGACAAAGCCCUCAUCAUCGGCGACGCGGCGCAUGCGGUAGUGCCCUUCUACGGGCAGGGCAUGAACGCCGGCUUCGAGGACUGCACCAUCCUGGACCAGCUGUUCACGAAGCACGAUGAUGACCUCGCCAGGAUCCUGGCGGAGUUCUCCGAAACGCGGUGGAGGGACACCUUCGCGAUAUCUGAUCUCGCCAUGUAUAAUUAUAUUGAGAUGCGGGAUCUAGUAACCCGUCCGUCGUACCGGCUCCGGAAGAAGAUUGACGACUUCCUGUUCUGGCUGAUGCCGGAGCUGUGGGUGCCCCUGUACAACUCCGUCACCUUCUCCACGAUGCCCUACAGCCAGUGCGUCAAGAACAGACAGUGGCAGGACAAGGUACUAAGGAUCGCGAUGAUGCUAUUCAUUUUCGUAUUAGUUUGCGUUGUGAUUGCGAUGAAAAUGUCUUGAGUGAUGCUUUGUAUUAUAUUUGUGACUGCCAAUAAUCUUAUGUUAUUUAUUAGGUAGG